CCUCUUUAGGCCUCACAUCAACUACAAAGGGUGGAGCAAGAGGUUCAUUCAUAGGCUAUUCUGCUAGUGGUCUGCCUUUAUACAACUUUACCAGCAGUGCACUGCACCAAACAUCGCAAUCAAUUUUAAUGCAAGCCAGUUCAUUCCUCAAGCAGAUACUGACUGAUCAUAACAGCAGACGCAUAUUCUACUUCCUGUGUUUGAAUCUGAGUUUUACUGUAAUUGAGUUUCUAUAUGGAAUUUGGACUAAUAGCCUUGGUCUGAUAUCUGAUGGUUUUCACAUGCUCUUUGAUUGUUCUGCGUUAAUAAUGGGGCUUCUUGCCUCAGUCAUGGCUCGGUGGAAGCCAUCCAAAACUUUUUCUUAUGGGUACAGUCAAGUGGAAGAUUUGUCUGGUUUUGUUAAUGGUCUUUUCUUGAUGGUCAUCUCAUUAUUUGUCUUUUCUGAAGCUGUAAGUCGUCUAUUAGAUCCUCCCCAUGUCAAUACACAAAGACUGUUGGUUGUAUCAGUCACUGGUCUGUGUGUCAAUCUAGUCGGCAUUCUUGCAUUUAGACACAGUCAUUUUCAUGGACCCCAUCACAACCAUAACCAUGCACAUGGCCACAUUUAUUCAGGGGAGACUCAUGGUCAUUCACAUAAUUCAAAUAUGGAAGGUGUUUUUCUUCAUAUCAUGGCUGAUACACUGGGUAGUGUUGGAGUUAUUAUAUCAUCAAUUCUGAUUGAACAUUUUGGAUGGUACAUAGCAGAUCCAAUAUGCUCUAUAUUUAUUGCUGUCCUGAUAUUUGUGAGUGUGUUACCACUUCUAAAGAAUGCAGCACUUGUUUUGUUGCUGAGAACACCUGUGAGAGUGCAGAAUCAGCUUCCUACAGCUCUUAGCAAGGUAACUGCCAUAGAAGGUGUAGUAGGAAUUCGCCAGCCACAUUUUUGGCAACACUCAUCAGACAUGAUCAUUGGGACCAUACAUGUACAAGCUUUGCCAGAAGCCAGUGAACAGAAAAUUAUUCAGGAGGUUAUUGGAGUCUUUAAAGAGAUUGGUUUCUACCAGUUCAGUGUCCAGGUGGAAAAAGAACAGUAUUUCACACACUUGGCAGGACUGAGUUCACAGCUGAAGGCAGAUUUUGCUUUUUCUGGUGAAGGUAGGGAUUCUUUGAUCUUGGUUAAGGCCAUUUAAUGUCUUUAUGUUGUAAGAAAUUAUUUAGAAUAAACGUGUUUGCUAUCUUUCA